AUGCCCCACGCCGUCGAUUACAGCCUCAUCCAAGUCAAGGAGCUGCAUCCCACCUUUGCCGCCGAGGUGUCUGGAGUUGACUUUUCGCGGCCCGUGCCUGAAGAUGUUUUUCAAGAACUCUGGAAAGCCGUUAACCAGUACGGGGUCCUAGUAUUCCGCCACGCCAAGCUAAACGACGAGCUGCACAUCCAAUUCUCCCGACGGCUGGGCGAACUCGACGACGUGCUCCCUCACAUCCAAGCGGGCCGACCCUUCCGGUUCAAGCACAAAGAGUUGUUUGAUGUGGGGAACAUCGAGGAGGACGACGCGCUGGUCAAGCCCGGUAGCCACCGGUGGUAUUACGGGAAGGGCAACAACCUUUUCCACCACGACUCAUCCUUCAACCCACGCCGCGCGGGCCUCUCGUUGCUCCGCGCCCACGAGAUCCCACCCCCCGGCCACGGCCUCGGCGGCAACACGGACUUCGCGGACUGCCGCACCGCGUACGACGAGUUGCCGCCCGACCUGAAGCAACAGCUCGACGAGAACGACUACGUGGUCGCACACUCGCUCCUGCAUUCGCGCCGCAAAGCCGCGCCCGAGUAUUUCACCGACGUGGACCCCCACAAGGGCUACUUCUCCCGCCACAAGGUCGUGCAGACGCACGAACGCUCGGGCCGCAAGACGCUCUACAUCGGCAACCACAUGCAUCAUGUCGAGGGGCUGCCCGAGGCCGAAAGCACCGCGUUGAUCAAUCGGCUGCUCGACCAUGCGUGUCGGGAUAAAUAUGUCGUGAGCGUGGAGUGGCAGAACGAAGGGGAUCUGGUGCUCUGGGAUAAUACGUCGGUCAUGCACCGGGCGCAUGGGGGCGCGUAUGAGGGGAAGUAUCGGCGGGAUAUGCGCCGGACGACGGUGCAUGAUGAUUCGAGUUAUGCGUGGGGGUUGAAUGAGAGGACGAGUAUGAGGGUUGGGUUGCCGUAG